UGACAACUUGGUAAUCCAGUCUGAUCGCGGGUCGUCUGGCUAAAGUAGGACUUUAAAGAAGCAAGAUAUCGACACAAGCAAAAAAAGAGAAAAACCCCGUCUCGCUUAACUUAACACUGACAACAUGAAAGCAAUAAGCCCCGUACGGUCCUUCCGGAAAAACAACGCGAAUUUAUCAGAGCACUCCUUGGGAAUCUCUCGGAGCAAGACCCCGGUGGACGACCCGCUCAGCCUGCUGUACAACAUGAACGACUGCUACUCCAAGCUGAAGGAGCUGGUGCCCAGCAUCCCCCAGAACAAGAACGUCAGCAAGAUGGAAAUCCUGCAGCAUGUCAUCGACUACAUCCUGGACCUGCAGAUUGCGCUGGACUCCAGUGUCGCACUAACCAGCCUGCAUCACCCCGCGCGGCCGGGGCAGGUUCCAUCCAGGACCCCUCUGACCACCCUCAACACAGAUAUCAGCAUCUUGUCGUUACAGUCCCCGGAGUUGCCAUCAGAGCUGAUGACAGAUGACAGCCGGACUCUGCAUCGUUAAAGCGGUGUUUGGUCAAGACGCAAAAACACACACAGGACCUGGGGAG